AUGGGAGGGCCUAGAAGAUCUGAAGCGUCCUUUAUACCUUUUGCUGAUAUGUUAGAGUGCUGUGAAAUGGAGGAAUUCACGAGCAAAGGAAACAAGUUUACUUGGGAAGGCACUCGUUGGAAGAAAAGAAUCCAAUGUUGUUUGGACCGAAGUUUUGGGAAUAAAGCUUGGCUCUCCUUGUUUCCGAAUUCUAAUCAGACAUUCUUGGAGAAACGUGGGUCUGAUCACAGGCCCGUGUGGCUGAACCUUUCUGCUGCUCAGAGUGGUUUCAAAGGACAGUUCCGGUUUGAUAAGAGACUACUCAUUAAUCCGGAGGUUAAAGGACUUAUUGACAAGGUCUGGAGGAGAACUGACUCUAACUGCAAUCUUAAGGUGUCGCAAAAGAUCAGUAGAUGCAGGACGGUGCUGAGUCGCUGGAAGAGAACGAACCAGACUAAUGCUAAGGUCAAAAUUCUUAAACUGCAGGAGAGGAUGGAAUGGUUCCAAUCGAAACCGUACCCUUGCAGAUUCAUGAUUGAAGGCAUUCACAGAGAGCUAGUUGGGGCUUAUAAGGAGGAAGAAAUGUUUUGGAAACAGAAGAGUAAAGAUAAGUGGCUGGUGUUUGGAGACAGAAGCUCAAAAUUCUUCCACGGCUCGGUCAAGAUGAGAAGAUCCAAGAAUCAAGUCUUGAAGUUAAAAGACAAGGAGGGACAUGAGCAGUGGACAGAUGAAGCUAAAGCGGAGAUUGCUAUUGAAUAUUUCAAUGAGCUUUUCAAGUCUACCAACACAAAUUCGUAUGAUCCUGUCUUUGAAGACUUUGUUCCAAAAGUAACCAACUCCAUGAAUGUUGAUCUGUUGAGAGCUGUAUCAAAGGAGGAAGUCAAGGACGCUAUUUUUUCUAUAAAUGCUGAUAGUGCCCCUGGGCCUGACGGCAUGACUGGCGCCUUCUUCCAGAAAUACUGGGACAUAAUUGGAGAGCAGGUCACAAAUGAAAUUUGUGAAGUUUUUGCCCAAGGUGCUUUACCGCAGGAAUGGAACCUCACCUAUCUUUGUUUACUGCCCAAGAUACCCAACCCUGAGCACAUGUCUGACUUGCGACCGAUAAGCCUUUGUUCGAUCCUUUAUAAAACGGUAUCCAAGAUAUUGGUUAGGAGAAUUCAGCCUCUCCUCCCAACCAUUGUCUCGGUGAACCAGUCAGCAUUUGUCUCUGAUCGCGUGAUCUCAGACAACAUUGUGAUCGCACACGAAGCGGUUCAUGCCCUCAAAGUUCAUCCUAAGAUAGCUCAAGAGUACAUGGCCGUUAAAACUGACAUGUCUAAAGCGUAUGAUCGGGUCGAAUGGAGCUAUCUGAGAUCACUCCUGCGAGCUUUGGGUUUUGAUGAAAGAGUGGUCGUUUGGCUUAUGAUGUGCGUUACCUCGGUGACAUUUUCGGUACUGGUGAAUGACCAACCUUAUGGUUUAAUUUCGCCCCAGAGAGGAAUUCGACAGGGAGAUCCUCUCUCUCCCUUCUUAUUUGUGCUGUGCACCGAAGGUCUAACACAUCUGUUAAAUGUGGUGGAAAGAAAUGGCCUCUUAAAUGGUUUACGUUUCUCGGAGGAUGGGCCUUCGAUUCACCAUCUCCUUUUUGCCGAUGACAGCCUAUUCAUGUGCAAAGCUUACCUUGCUCAAGCUACGGUUCUUCACCGGGUUCUUGAGUUUUAUGGAGAAGCUACGGGCCAGUGUAUCAAUCUGUUGAAGUCUUCGAUAUCCUUUGGGGACAAAGUGGAUGUCCAGACUAGGCUCCUGGUGCGUGAGAUCAUGGGUAUUGAAAAUGAAGGUGGAGCAAGUAAGUAUUUGGGGCUUCCGGAAUGUUUCUCCGGAUCUAAAGUGGAAUUGUUCUCCUAUUUGAAGGAUAGGACACAAGCUCGGCUUGAUUUGUGGUAUUUACAGCAUUUAUCUCAAGGGGGAAAAGAGAUUCUACUGAAAUCAACGGCGGGAGCUAUACCUGUCUCGGCCAUGGGAUGUUUUAAACUCCCGAAGACGAUUCUCUCCAAGCUUGCUACCAUGAUGGCCAAUUAUUGGUGGAGCUCUGAGCCUCAUCACAGGAAGAUGCACUGGAUCUCUUGGGACAAGAUGUGUUUACCAAAAUCCCUUGGUGGGAUGGGGUUCAAGGAUCUAGAGUGUUUUAAUCAAGCUAUGUUAGCAAAGCAGGCAGAGAAAAUCCUUAACAACCCGCAUUGUCUUCUAGCGAGGUUUCUUAAGAGCAUUUAUUUUGUUGAUGGGGAUUUUCUUUCUGCUCCAUUGGGCGUAAGAUCGUCCUAUGCAUGGAGAAGUUUGUUGUUUGGUAGAGAUCUUCUUCAAAAAGGGCUGAAGCUAAGAGUGGGGAAUGGCCAAAGAACAAGGGUGGUUUGGCUAGACAAGUGGGUUGAGGAUCCGAUAGUGGGACUCAGGGCGCCUUGGAUAAAAAACAAUACCUUUGAUGUUAAUUUAAGGGCGGAAUAUCUUAUUGAUUUUGAAGAGAGAAUUUGGAAUCAACAUAAGCUAAGGGAGUUGUUUGUCCAAGGGGAUGUUGAUAUCAUUUCUCGAUGUCAGCCAGUGUGUCAUAGAGAUGAUUUUUUCACUUGGAAUUACAACAAGAAUGGUCGCAUAUCUGUGAAAUCGGCUUACUGGUUGGCAUCUAUGGAAAAGUUUAAGAUACAUCACUCACGAUCUUUUGAGUUGCCGUCUCUGAAUGGGUUGAAAGAGAGCUGCUGGCGGGUUCAGACAACACCAAAAAUUAAAGUCUUCCUCUGGAAAGCAAUGAGUGAGGCCCUGUCGGUUGCGGAACUGAUCAAUGCUAGAGGAAUGCAUGUUGAUGCAAGAUGUCAAGCUUGUGGUGAGGAACCUGAAACAAUAAACCAUGUGCUGUUCACUUGUCAUGUGGCCAGACAAGUUUGGGCCCUCUCCAGUAUUCCUAACACGCGUAAAGGGUUCCAUGAGUUUUCAGUUUACGCAAACCUUAACUUCCUUCUCAAUCUGAAGAGUUACGGUAACGGGCCUCUGAGACUGUGGAGAAGCUGGCCAUGGAUUGUGUGGAACCUUUGGAAGAGAAGAAAUGAAUUGCUCUUUAGAGGGAGAGGAUUUUCGUUGGAGGAAGUGGUAAAGAAGGCGGAGAAUGAGACUGAAGAAUGGCUCCUUGCGCAAAUUAUGGAGAAGGAAUGGUCUGUCUCUGAGAAAGUUAAUAAGGCUGUGGACGGUUCGAAAUGGACACCACCCCCUUCGGGUUGGCUGUGUUGUAAUGUGGGAGUUGAUUGGAGUAAAAGGGACGGCCAGGGUGGUGGAGGAUGGGUCCUAAGGAAUGAGCGUGGUGUUGUCAUCCUUCACAGUCGGAGAGCCUUUUCGGGUUUGUUUAACAAAGAUGAAGCAAACUUUGAAAUCCUUAAGUGGGUGGUAGAGAGUAUGAGAAGCCACCGCAUCUCUAAUGUGAUCAUUUCAGGUGACUUGGAGGCUAUGUUUGGAGCAAUAGCAAGACCCGAUACUUGGCCAUCUUUUCUUUUCUAUGUUGGUGAAAUUGAAAGAGAGUUGGUGGGCACCUCUGGUAUUAUAUUUCAGAAAGUAUCACGAGAAGAAAACAGAGGAGCCAUGCUUAUUGCGCAAAGUGUGACAAGAAAGGGAUUGACGCAAUCUUAUGUGUCGAGUGGCCACCCUAAUUGGUUGUAUGAAUUUUUUGUUAACGAAAGUAGACAUAUCUAG